AUGGCGCAAUUACCGGAUCCCACAUCCGACCUUGACUGGUCUGGAUACGUCGGAUCUAUCCAGCAUCACUUCUCCAAGCAGGCUCAGGCCAACCCCGACCGCACAUGCGUUGUCGAGACCAAGUCGUCAGAGUCUCCCGAGCGUCGCUUCACAUACCGUCAGAUCUACGAGGCCGCCAACAUCCUCGCUCACCACCUCGUCGACUCAGGCGUCAGGAAUGGCGAUGUCGUCAUGAUCUGGGCCCACCGCUCUGUUGACCUCGUCGUCGCCGUCAUGGGUACACUGGCCUCGGGCCCCCCCCGCCCGCAGGCCUUCGGUGCCACCAUGAGCAACCUCCACCCACUGCACUCUCAUAGGCGCGAGCAAAUCUACCUCGAGGUCUCUCAGCCCUGCGCCCUCAUCAACAUUGCCCGCGCCACCGACGAGGCCGGUCCUCUGGCGCCCCUGGUCCGCCGCUACAUCGACGAGGAGCUCAGGCUCAAGACCGAGGUGCCCUCGCUGAGGAUCGCCGACGACGGCUCCCUCUCCGGCGGCGACAUUGGCGGACGCGACAUCUUUGCCGACGCCAGGCCCAAGGCUUCGGCCAUUCCCGACGUCCUUGUCGGCCCGGACAGCAACCCCACCCUGUCCUUCACCUCUGGCAGCGAGGGCCGCCCCAAGGGUGUCCUGGGUCGCCACUACAGCCUGACCAGGUACUUUCCCUGGAUGUCCGAGAGGUUCAACCUUACGUCGGAGAGCAGGUUCACCCUGCUCUCCGGUAUCGCUCACGACCCGGUCCAGCGCGACAUCUUCACGCCCCUCUUCCUCGGCGCCCAGCUGCUCGUCCCCUCCAGGGAGGACAUACAGCACGAGAAGCUGGCCGAGUGGUUCCGCGAGCACAAGCCCACCGUAACCCACCUGACCCCAGCCAUGGGCCAGAUCCUCGUCGGCGGCGCCAGCGCCGAGUUCCCCGAACUUGACCGCGCCUUCUUCGUCGGUGACGUUCUCACCACCAGGGACUGCCGCAGCCUGCAGCGCCUGGCUGCCAACGUCUGGAUCACAAACAUGUACGGUUCCACCGAGUCCCAGCGUAGCGUCAGCUUCUUCGAGAUCCCUAGCCGCAGCAAGGACCCCAAGGCCAUGGACAAGUUCAAGGACGCCAUCCCCGCCGGGAAGGGUAUGCAGGACGUCCAGCUCCUCGUCAUCGACCGUCAGGACAACAAGAAGCUCUGCGGCGUCGGCGAGAUUGGCGAAAUCUACGUCCGUGCUGCCGGCCUCGCCGAGGGCUACCGCGGCGACCCUGCCCUCAGCGAGACCAAGUUCCUCAACAACUGGUUCGUCGACAAUCAGAAGUGGGUCGAGGCCGACAAGAAGGCCGACAAGAGCGAGCCGUGGAGGAAAUACUACAAGGGCCCGCGCGACAGGCUGUACCGCACCGGCGACCUGGGACGUUACCUCGACUCCGGCGACGUCGAAUGUGUCGGCCGUGCCGACGACCAGGUCAAGAUCCGAGGCUUCCGCAUCGAGCUCAACGACAUUGACAGCAACCUGAACCAGAGCCCCCUGAUCCGCGACUGCAAGACGCUUGUCAGGCGCGACAGGAACGAAGAGCCUACCCUGGUCAGCUACAUCGUGCCCGAGCUUAACGAGUGGCCCAGGUUCCUCGCCUCCAAUGGCCUCGAGGACGUCGAGGACGCCGGCACCGAUAUUGGCCCGGCAAAGGUCUACUUCAAGCGCUUCAGACGCAUGCAGACCGAGGUGCGCGACCACCUCAAGGACCGCCUGCCCAUCUACGCCGUGCCUAGCCGGUACAUUGUGCUGGACAAGCUGCCGCUGAAUCCCAACGGCAAGGUCGACAAGCCCAACCUGCCCUUCCCCGACAUUGCCGAGCAGACCGAGGAUGCUUCCGACGAGGACAUCAAGCGUUGGGAGUCGAUGACGGAGACGGAGAGGACCGUCGCGACGCAGUGGGCCGAGCUGAUCCCCGGUGUCAACGCCAAGACGGUCACCCCCCAGAACGACUUCUUCGACCUGGGAGGCCACUCGCUGCUGGCCCAGCAGAUGCUCCUGGUGGUUCGCAAGUCGACGGGCGUCGACGUGUCCAUCAACGCGUUGUACGAGAACCCCAGCCUGGCUGGCUUCAGCGCCUACGUCGACAAGAAGGUCAGCGGCGCCGGCGACGCCGAGGCCGACGCCGAGGCCGAGGGGGAGGCCAGGAAUCCUCUCUACGCUCGCGCCCUCGACGACCUGGUCAAGAAGAUGCCCGCCAGCUACCAGUCAGCCGACCCGUCGACCAUCCGCGCCCGGUCCGAGCCGACCGUCUUCCUGACGGGAGCUACAGGUUUCCUGGGUGCAUACUUGAUCCGGGACAUCCUGGACCGCACGAGCCGGUCGCUGCAGCUGGUGGCGCACGUGCGCGGAGUCAAGGACAAGACAGCCGGCCUCCAGCGUCUCCGGCGCUCGCUUGAGGGCUACGGUCUCUGGCGCGACGAGUGGGCCGGACGUCUGAGCGCCGUCGUCGGCGACCUGGCGAGCCCGCAGCUGGGCAUCGACGACGCCUCGUGGCAGGAGCUGGCGCGCGACGUCGACAUGGUGAUCCACAACGGCGCGACGGUGCACUGGGUCAAGCGGUACCAGGACAUGGUGGCGGCCAACGUCAACUCGACGGUGGACGCCAUCAGGCUCUGCAACGAGGGCAAGCCGAAGCUGUUCACGUUUGUCAGCUCGACCAGCGUCCUCGACACGGACCACUACGUCAAGCUGUCGGACCACGCGACCAGCACAGGCCAGAGCGCCGUGACCGAGGACGACGACUUGAUGGGCAGCCGCACGGGUCUGGGCACGGGCUACGGCCAGACCAAGUGGGUGUCUGAGCAGAUUGUGCGCGAGGCCGGCCGCCGCGGUCUCCGGGGAUCCGUCAUCCGUCCCGGCUACAUCCUGGGCGACUCGGAGACGGGUGUGUGCAACACGGAUGACUUCCUGAUCCGCAUGCUCAAGGGCUGCGUGCAGCUCGGGGCGCGGCCGCGCAUCAUCAACACGGUCAACGCCGUGCCGGUCAACCACGUGGCGCGGGUCGUGGUGGCGGCCACGCUGAACCCGCUGGCGCCGCGGCCCGAGUCGCAGGGAGGCGUCCACGUCGUCCACGUCACGGGCCACCCCCGGCUCCGCAUGAACGAGUACCUCUCGCUGCUCGAGUACUACGGCUACAAGGUGCCCGAGGUGGCCUACGACAGCUGGAAGGCCGAACUGGAGAACUACGUCUCGGCGGGCCCCCAGGAGAAGGACCAGGAGCAGCACGCCCUGAUGCCGCUGUACCACUUCUGCGUCAACGACCUGCCGGCCACGACGCGCGCGCCCGAGCUCGACGACCAGAACGCCGUGGCCGUGCUCAAGGACGACGCCGAGAACUGGACGGGGGUCGACGAGAGCGCCGGCUACGGAAUCGGUCGCGAGGACGUCGGCAGGUACCUGAGGUAUCUGGCUGAGACGAGAUUCAUCGGCUGGCCCACCGGUCGGGGCAGGGCUCUACCCGAGCUGCACCUCUCGCAGGCGCAGCUCGACGCCGCCGGGUCGGUGGGUGGUCGCGGAGGUGGUGUUGCCCAGUAG